GGCAACCACGUCGGAUUCCUGAUUACCCGGAUGCCUAUGCGGGUUGGAAUCUUAUGGCAUCUUUCGGUUCUAUUAUCUCACUUAUGGCUACUUUAGUUUUCCUUUAUCUUCUAUACGUUCAAUUAAGCUCUCGUGUCCAAGUCUCCGCUAAUCAUUGGGCUAUUCCUUCGUUCUUUGAGUCCAAUAUUCCUACUACUCUCACUUCCUCGGCUCCUACCCUUGAGUGGUUACUUACUUCUCCAGCUCCCUUUCAUCACUUCAACGAAGAACACGGUAAAACCAUGUUGGGGUAUAUUUGGCCGUUGUCGGAUUUUAUCCCAUUUAUGCUAGCAAGACCGGAUGAAAGAAUCAAUCUUGAAGUUAAAGUAGGAACAGGAGGAUUCCUGACGAAAAGGAAAGAGGAGACCAGGCAUAAGCCUCGAGGUAUUACCAUUAUUGAUAAGGGCUUUUGGCUGCUAGCGAGGGUCAAGAAAGAGCGAAGCUUUA